AACCGAUCUAGCAAUUCUCGUCGUCUAAUCCUAGCUACUCAUCACUCAACACAAGACACAAUUCAUCGCCGACCCCUAGCUAGCUAGUAGCCAGUAUAAUAAUGGGUCACCACCACCACGACAAGAACAAGAACAAGGCGGAGGCGGGCGCCGGCGGCGACGACUGGCGCAAGAAGGAGAAGCACCACAAGCACAUGGAGCAGCUCGCCCAGGUCGGUGCCGUCGCAGCGGGAGCGUACGCCAUGCACGAGAAGCACAAGGCCAAGAAGGACCCCGAGCACGCCCGCUCGCACCGGAUCAAGGAGGAGAUCGCCGCCACCAUCGCCGCCGGCAGCGCGGGCUUCGCCAUCCACGAGCACCACAAGAAGAAAGAAGCCAAGAAGCACGCCCGGCACCAGCACCACCAUUAAUUAGCUGCGUAGGCGCCUAGCCUCCGCCAUACCUGCCUACUAUACGUAGCUACGACUUGCAUUUCAUUCGUUUGUGUAUAGCUUGUCCUACAUUCAUUUCUCGAUUAUUGUAUGCAUGCUCCUAGUUGUAUACCAAUUUUAUUGACUGUAUUGUGAUAUAAUACUUUGUUUUCGUAUUAA